AUGUACCUGCUGCUGCUUCUUUCGCUGGCUGCAUGCUGGCUCUCGGGGGCGCUGGGUGCUGCCGCCAAGGACCUGACGUGCCAGGAGAUCACCGUGCCCCUGUGUAAGGGGAUCGGCUACAACUACACGUACAUGCCCAACCAGUUCAACCACGACACGCAGGACGAGGCCGGGCUGGAGGUGCACCAGUUCUGGCCGCUGGUGGAGAUCCAUUGCUCGGCCGACCUGAAGUUCUUCCUGUGCAGCAUGUACACCCCGAUCUGCCUGGAGGACUACAAGAAGCCGCUGCCUCCGUGCCGGAGGAGUGUGUGUGAGCGGGCCCGGGCUGGCUGCGCCCCUCUCAUGCGGCAAUACGGCUUCGCCUGGCCGGAUCGGAUGCGCUGUGACCGGUUGCCGGAGCUGGGGAACCCGGACACCCUGUGUAUGGACUACAACCGCACCGACCUGACCACUGCGCCCAGCCACCCGCACAAGGGCGGCAGCAACAGUAAAGCCCGCGCGGAGCCCCCGCGGAGCAAGCCCAGGGUCCCUGCAGGGUGCGAGCCUGGCUGUCAGUGCAGGGAACCCAUGGUGCUGGUGUCCAAUGAGAGGCACCCACUCUACAACAGGGUGAGGACCGGCCAGAUCCCCAACUGUGCCAUGCCCUGCCACAAUCCCUACUUCACCCCAGAGGAGAGGACCUUCACCAGCUUCUGGAUCGGCCUGUGGUCUGUACUCUGCUUCGCCUCCACCUUCGCUACCGUCUCCACCUUCCUCAUUGACAUGGAGAGGUUCAAGUACCCUGAGAGGCCCAUCAUCUUCCUGUCCGCCUGUUACCUGCUGGUGUCCGCUGGCUACCUGGUCAGACUGAUUGCCGGCCACGAGAAGGUAGCGUGUAGCCGGGAGCAUGACCUGGAGCACAUCCACUACGAGACCACCGGGCCGGCCCUCUGCACCCUGGUCUUCCUGCUCAUCUACUUCUUUGGCAUGGCCAGCUCCAUCUGGUGGGUCAUCCUGUCCCUCACCUGGUUCCUGGCGGCCGGCAUGAAAUGGGGCAACGAGGCCAUCGCCGGCUACUCCCAGUACUUCCACUUGGCCGCCUGGUUGGUACCCAGCAUCAAGUCCAUCGCCGUGCUGGCCCUCAGCUCGGUGGACGGGGACCCGGUGGCUGGCAUCUGCUAUGUGGGCAACCAGAACUUGGACAACCUGAGGGGCUUUGUGCUGGCCCCCUUGGUCAUCUACCUCUUCAUCGGCAGCAUGUUCCUGCUAGCCGGCUUUGUGUCCCUUUUCAGGAUCCGCAGUGUCAUCAAGCAAGGUGGCACCAAAACUGACAAACUGGAGAAACUAAUGAUCCGGAUUGGGAUAUUCAGCGUACUUUACACCGUGCCGGCUACCAUAGUGGUGGCUUGCUUUUUCUAUGAGCAGCACAACCGCCAGGGUUGGGAAAUGGCCCAUAACUGUAACUCUUGCCUCCCCGAGAUGGCACAGCCUCGCAGGCCGGACUAUGCCGUCUUCAUGCUAAAGUACUUUAUGUGCCUGGUGGUUGGCAUCACCUCCGGGGUAUGGAUUUGGUCAGGGAAGACCUUGGAGUCCUGGAGGGCUUUCUGCACACGCUGCUGUUGGGGCAGCAAAGCAACUGGUGGCUCCAUGUACAGUGAUGUCAGCACCGGCUUGACAUGGAGGUCUGGCACUGCCAGUUCGGUGUCUUACCCAAAACAGAUGCCCUUAUCUCAGGUCUAA